GGUUACAAAACUAUGUGUGGCAGUAAAGUAACAACUGUAAGUCAGUGUAAGGGUGGUGGCAGCAUCCUGCUGUCUGGAUGUCUUUUUUAUUCUGGCUGCUGGGAGUUGAUAGUAAGAUGGAUGGAGGUAAAUGCAAAGCAGUCCUAGACAAAAUAUGUUUUAGGUUGUGAUAGGCUUGAGAUGGAUUUAUUUUCCAGAAGAAUAAAAACAUUGAUCUGUUAAAUCAAAAGAGCUACAUUGUAUGAAGCAUGCUGCCCUCUCAUGGAGAUUAGUGCAAACUACAGCAGGGAUGUAUCAGAGGCCCUCAAGGUAAAGUGGAAUGAUGAAUGCCUUUACUGUUCAGACUGGUUUAUGUGAUCAACAACUGUCACAAUGACUUGCAGUGAGGAUAAACUGCGAAUGAAUUCAUCUUUGUGAGUGAUUCAAAUCACCUCUCUACUUUCGUGCCUGUAUCUUGUUCUAAUGAUAUCAGUGGAAAUCCAUCUGACGAUGCAAAUGACCCAGAUCAGUAGGCAAACCCUAUAUGAGAAGAGUUUUCCAGGAGAAAUCUCACACUGCAGGAGUUGAAAGCACAGCCUGCACGUCUGAUUCAACCAUGUUUCUGUUGAAGCUACUUGUAACUUUUAUGAGUGUGUUUCACUCUAGCACUAAAAAUACAGAUCUGCAUGCAUAUCUUCAUGGGGACGUUAUUAUUGGAGGUCUUUUCCCUGUUCACCAAAAAACCAACAGAACAACAGAUCCUGGUCCAAUAAACUGUACAGCGUUUGAUAUACAAGUAUUCCUACGUACCCAAGUGAUGAUCUACUCUAUCCAAGAAAUAAACCAACGAAUGCCGAGACUGCUGCCCAACCUCACCCUUGGAUAUGACAUUUAUGAUACUUGUGGAGAUGUCACCCUUGCCAUCAGAGCAACUCUGCAGCUGCUGAAGGACCAAUCAGAUCCCCAGAGGUGUCUCAUACCUGCAUCCAUCAAUUUCGCUUUUCCCGAACCUGAGACGAAGGUGGUUAUUGGAGAGACAUUCUCUGAGGUAUCCAUAGCAGUUGCAAGGGUACUUGCUCUACCAUCAGUCACACAGAUUAGCUAUGCUUCAACCAGCGAGCAGCUCAGUUUAAAAUCUAAGUUCCCCACCUUCCUGCGGACUGUUUCCAGUGACAAACAUCAGACGCAAGCCAUUUAUGAGCUGGUGAAGAAUUUUUCAUGGCGAUCAGUGGCCAUUGUGGGAAGCAUUGAUGGAUAUGGGAAGUUUGGAACCGAUAGUCUCCAGCAGCUCUUCGAUGACAAUAAUAUCUGUGUUGACUUUGUGGAGAUUCUCCCUGAUACCUUUGUCAAAAACUGUUCAACUGCAACAGAUCUGGUGAAAAAAAUAGGAAACUCUACCGCUGAGGCCAUUAUCAUGUUCACCCAAGAGGCCAAUGUUCACAUCAUCCUUGAAGCAGUUAUUGAAAAAAAUCUCAACAGGACAUGGAUAGCAAGUGACGCCUGGUCCACAUCUUCUACAAUCUCUGAGAUAAUAGGAAUCGAAAGCAUUGGUCCAGUUUUUGGUUUUAUUUUUAGACAGAAGGAGGUGCCUGGCUUUCAAGAUUACGUCACAUCAAUGUUUAAUGGAACUACAAACAACAUUUUGAGUUAUUAUCAAGUUUUCACAAACAGCUCCAAAGAUGACAUGAAAUGUAACUGCAAGAAUAAGACCUCCGACCUAAGAUGCUUGUACUGCUACAUUGACCAUGAUGAAUCCUACAACAUUUACAUGGCUGUCCAGGUCAUUGCUGAGGGCCUCAGAAUCCUACUAAAAUGUAACAAUCAAAGCUGCGAACGAACCAAGUUUACUGCUAUUGAGCUUUUUCAUGUAAUCAGGAAUAUCAACAUCACUGUGAAUGACACAAAUAUCUACUUCGAUGAAAACGGAGAUCCCAGUUUGGGAUACGACAUAUUGUUUUGGAACACAUCUGAGUCCAAAGAAGGCGUUGAGAAAAUAAAAAUCGGAGAAUACUGGCCAAAUAAAACCAUUUCAUUUGACAAAGAUUUAUCCCAAUGGAGAACCACUGGAAAUGUGUCUGUUUUUAACUGCUCCAGAACAUGUCAACCAGGGCAAAGAAGGGAAUUACAACGUGGAAAAUGUUGCUAUGGAUGUGUUAACUGUUCAUCUCACGAGUAUUCAAAUGGAAAUGAUACUUUUUGCAGACAAUGUGAACCGCACCAGUACUCACCAGAAGACCACAGAAAUACUUGUGUGAAUAAAACUGAAGAGUUUCUCGAGUGGUCAGACCCCUUCUCCAUCAUUCUGAUCAUGACAGCUGCUAUUGCAAUAAUUGCUACUGCAGUGAUCGCUAUCGUCAUUGGCCUCAACUGUGGGACUCCUGUUGUUAAGGCAAUUGGAGGCUACCUGUGUUAUGUGGAGAUGGCCUCCUUGCUCCUCGGCUUUUGCACUACCUUCACCUUUAUAGGAAAACCCACACCACGUUCCUGUGUAGGCAUUCCUGUCUUUGGUAUAAGUUUCUCCCUCUGUAUCUCCUGCAUUUUGGCCAACUUAAUUCAGAUCCUGUUAGGUUUUAGCUUUGACCCAAGGGUUGGCUCUAAGAUUAAGAAGCUUAAUCAUCCAGUAGCUGUGGUUGCCAUCAUCGCUGGUGUGCAGUUGGGUGUAUCCUUGGCAUGGCUAAUCGCUCUCCCACGUCUUCCUUCAAUAGAACAGAAAGAGCUCACAAUAUUGUAUCAAUGUAACAUGUGCGAAGAGUCCAAAAAGUUCUUUGCUGCCACAAUAGUCUACAACUCUUUCUGGGGCCUUGUGUGUUUUGUCUUUGCAUUCAAAGGUAGACAGCUACCCGACAUUUACAAAAAUGCCGCGUUGAUCUCAGUGAGCAUGGUGCUGUUUUUAAUCAUAUGGAUUGUUUUCCUCCCAAUUUAUCUCACUUUGGAAGGAAAGUACAAACCGGCUAUCAGCAGCGCAGCCGUUUUGGUCUCUUGCAUCAGCAUUCUUGGCUGUCACUUGGCCCCCAAGUGUUACAUUAUGUUGUUUAGGAAAGAGAUUAAUAAUCACAAUGCUAUUAGUGAAUACAUUAGGAAACAUUAUGAGAGGAAGGACUUGUCCGUGAUAUCGUCAUAAUUAUCCAUGGUUUUCCAAUUUGGUCUUGCCUUUGUUAUAGAUGAGUUGCAAAAUAAUAUAAUAGAAUCCAGGCAUACAUUGUAUGAAAAGUUUGACACUUUUCUUCUCAUUGUUUGACAUUAAAACAGACCAAAAGUUAGGUAAGCUAAGUAGAGAACUUUACUAAAUAUCUAAAGUGAAAGAUGGAAGGAGGUACUUUAUCGAUAUGGACCAAAAUGCCAAUCAGAGAGUAAAAAUCCAUCACAUCAUGUUGUUGGGUGUUCUAUUGCAGGCAGAAUUGGUGCAUUUCACAAAAUAGAUGGAAUCACAAGGAAUAAAGGUUAUGUGGAAAUAGUGAACAAACAUCUCAAACCAGUAGCCAGAAAGUUUAAGAUUGUGACACAAAUGGAUUAUUCAAAUGGAGAAAUGACCUAAUCUUCCCACUAAAUUAGUUACAAAAUGGCUUAAAGACCCAUAUACUGAGAAUAUGUAUGUAAACUUCUUGAUUUCAAGAAAGUACGAAGAAAAUUCUUGCUCAUUGUAAAUAGUUAGCAAAACGUUAUUCGGUAAACCUGACUGACCUAAAGUGACAGAAGUUUAGUCUGACAUAACAGACAGUGAGAAACAAAGGUGACGUCUUUUGGGACAGGAAAUGAAUUUUCAUGAACGCUAUUGUACUGUUAAAAUAAUCAAUUGGGGAAAAAAAAGUCCUUCUCUUUCCCCUAUUGAAAUUUUGCAUUUGCCUUUGGUAAAAUUUCAGGUGCCACAAGACAGAAACUGAGUUUGUAAAGUAGCAACAAAUUAUCAAAAAAAACUUGGUUGCCAUAAAUAUGUGGAAAAUGUUGUAGAGGACUUUUUCAGACUGAUCCAUGCAUUUAUGGCUGAUUGUUGUAUAAGUUUUUUCAACAUUAAGUGAGAAAUUGAAAGCCUGAACAGAAGACUGAGUAAUCACAAAAAUAACCUUCAACCAAAUGGUAACAGAUAAAUUACCAACAAACGUAAUGAGUACACUUCGGUUUAAAUGUAAUGCACCUGUAUAUAAAUAUAGCUUAGAAUAUUUCAGGCCAUUUAUAUAAUUUAUUCUCAUUUGCCAACUCUGUGACUGCAGUAAUCUUUCCUUUCCAUCAGCAAAUAAAAUAUCCUUGUGAGAGAAACUCACAGUUUUUAAAAUCUGGUU